UCUAUAUGGCUCUACUUUUUAAAGUUUUUGUGUUUACGGAAAUUGGACUUGUAUGUUUUGAAUGACGUCAGAAAUGUAACUAGCAGAAGCUGACGAAGAAAGUUGAAUUAUCUCAGUCUAAUAGUAGUAAUAGAACCUCUAAGGCUAUAUAAAUAAAUUAAGUAGGUCUAUGAUACUCUACUUGUUUUAUUAGAAUGUUUUAAGAAGCAUUAAACCGAGAAACCGGCCAAGUAGUUGAGUGGACAAUCAACUCCGAGACACUCGUCUCUCUGUCUGGCAGUCCAGUGACUCAGAUGACAGUCAGACACUGAUCACUCGCAGUCAGCUCAGUGUCUCACUCUUUAACUCAUCAAAGUCUCAGUGUAUUCAGGUGAAGCAUUUGCUGUAACAGGCUUAGCAAAAUAAGGGAUCAUGUCUGGGUUUCUGGACAAUUGCCACUGGCCAAGAUGUGAAUGUAUUGAACUUGGAGAACGGAGAAACCUAGUUGUUUCAAUCAUUUCUGGGAUCAUGUUCUUUUCAGGCUGGUGGUUUUUUAUUGAUGCUGCAGUGCCCACAGAAAAUAAGUUUAACUUUGCCUAUCUUACUCCUGGUAUCAUCUUAACACUGGCCUUUUUCAUGAUCAACUCGGUGUCAAAUGGUCAGAUAAGGGGUGAAUCUUACACUACAGGCUGCUUGGGUCAAACAGGUGCUCGCGUAUGGCUAUUUAUUGGAUUCCUGUUGGCUUUUGGAGCUUUGAUUGCAGCUAGCUGGAUCCUCUUUGGUUUUUAUGUUGUGGGAAAUGUGAAACCAGAUUGGCCUGGAAUAGCAGUAUUUCUGCAAAAUGCACUCAUUUUUUUUAGUGCAUUUGUUUUCAAGUUUGGAAGAACUGAAGACUUAUGGGGGUAGUGGUCAGGCUUGUGAUAAUUUUACAUCAACUGUAAAAUACUUUUUUCAAAGCUUUCUGAACAAACUGGACUUAACUAUUUAUGAAUAUCUUUGGUUUAGCUACUAGCAUACCUAUAUUAAAGAAAGCCUUGUAUUCAAUGACUUGUUGCUAAAAUAAUAGAUUUGAAUUACAAAGAUUUAUUGAUGAAAAAUGUUUACUGGCAUCAGUAUACUUCAUUUAUUAUAUUUCUGUUUAUUUUAAA